UUUUUUUUUCAUUUUAUCCGUUUUUUGUCUUUUCAUUCUUCUGCUUUCUUUUUUAUACUCUUCCUAUCUUUGAGUAUUUUUUAUUUUCUAUUACAAGAGAAUUUUGUAAUCGCGAUGGCAAAAAAUGAAUUAGCAGAAGAUGAGUACGUAGUUUCACGUAUUGCUGGGAUGAAAAAUGUGAAUAACAUUAGGUAUUUUUUAGUAGAAUGGGAAGGUUAUGAUUUGACUGAAAAUACUUGGGAAGAAGAAGAAAACAUCAUCUCUGCUGAAACAAUUGAUCAAUUUCUCAUUACUUAUAAAGAACAAAAUAACAUUAAGCAAAAUGCUUGUAUAAACAAUAUACAAGGCAAAAUCUUUUUAUCUGGUACGUAUGAUCCGGAUAUCAAUGCUUAUAUUCCUAUCAAAAGAACGACUGCUACACGACCACGCACAACAGAUUUAUCUUCUACAUCUAUUUCAAAAGCUAAAACUGUUACAAUGUCUUCUGGGUCUAUGCAAAUAAUUAAAUCAUCUACUGCAAAUACCAAAUCAGCAGCCGCUUCUGCUUUAUCUUCUGUAGUUCAAUAUAAUCGCUAUAAAAGAACAAGAGUAAAUGAACCUAUGCAUGAAACUGUAAUUAUAGAAAAGCCGUUCAGAAAUAAGCGUAAAUCGAUACCUGAACUUAAGACAUUAAAAAAUACCAUUAUGAAUUCUGUGGAAAAUAAAUACCCCAUUGUGCUGAUUCCCAAUAAAAGAAGAGGUGCUCUACCCUUUCAUGAAAUUCACAAUGUGGUUCCUAAAAUAACAAUAGUUAAUACUAUUGAUAAUGAAUUGCCACAAAAAUUUAUAUAUAUCGAUCAACUAAAGUACACUUCACCUGUUCAACCGCCUGAUCCAGCCUUCUUAUUCGGCUGCAACUGUCCACAUACCUAUAACCAACGUACAGGUGCUUGUCGAAAUGGCUGUCAUGAAGGUGUCGUUAAUUAUGAUGAGAACGGCAUCUUACUUCUUAAUCAAGGAACGGCCAUCUAUGAAUGCAAUCAGUGGUGUGCGUGUGAUGCUGGUACUUGUAAGAAUCGUGUUGUGCAAAAAGGAAGAAAGAUUCCCCUUGAAAUUUUUAAGACAUAUAAUAAAGGAUGGGGCGUGCGUAGUAGACGAUUUAUUCCUAAAGGAACCUUUAUUGAAGAAUAUAUUGGCGAAGUGAUUACGAUUGAAGAAGGUGAUCGGCGAGGUAUUCUGUACGACAAGCUUAAAUGCUCUUAUUUAUUCGACAUGGAUUUUGCACGUGACGAACUAAAUACUAAGUAUGUUAUUGAUUCCUUUGUUUUGGGUAAUGUAAGUCGAUUCUUUAAUCACUCUUGCUCGCCUAAUUUGGAUGUUUAUGCUGUCUAUUAUGACAGUGCAGAUAACCUUAUGCAUCGUCUGGCUUUCUUUGCUAAAAGGGAUAUUCAGAAAGGAGAAGAACUUUGUUUUGAUUAUAAUGGCAGAAGGGAUGUGCUUAAUGAAGAAAAUAAUGAUGACGCGUCGUGUUAUGCUUGUCAUUGUGGAUCAUCUGAAUGCCGCAAGUGGAUCUACUAUUAAGCAAUACUCUCUAUAUAUUUAUAAUACAUUUAUAUAAUAUACUUAUAUGUAUUCAGUAGGCUUAAAUUAUACUUUUAUUAUUAAAACGAUUUUCUUAUUAUGUAUUUAACCAAAAUAGAUAAUUAACUUCAAAAACAGACAUGUAUACA